CCAGCUCUGGGCAAGGGUUUGGUCACACAACGGGUCCAGCUCCGAGGUGAUCACCACGAUGCUGCAGCUCCUGCUCCUCGCCACCCUCGCCCUCUGCGGUAAGUCCCAGCUCCCGGGCCCCUUGGGCUCGUUAGCGGCUGACGAUCCCUCAUUACAAUUAACCCCCACUUGCUCUCGGAACCGGGGGGCUGCUGCCAACACCACCCCUUUGCCCGCAGGAUGCCGCGCCGAGCCGGUGCCGGAUGGGUCGGAGCGGGUGGUCGGAGGGAGCGAAGCGCGCUCGCACGCCUGGCCCUCGCAGGUGGGUCCUCGUGGGGAGCAGUCGGGGGUCCCGGUCCCCUCGUGGCCGCUUGGGGAGACCCCCACGCCUCACCCCACACCAUGUCCCCCCCCCAGAUCUCCCUGCAGUAUUACUACAGCGGCGGCUGGCACCACACCUGCGGAGGGUCCCUGAUCCAGAGGAACUGGGUGAUGACAGCAGCUCACUGCGUGGACAGUGACAAGACCUAUCGCGUGGUUGCUGGUGACCACAACAUCUACCAGAGCGAGGGCACCGAGCAGGUCUUCAGCGUCAGCAAGAUCAUCAUCCACCCCUACUGGAACAGCAACAACGUCGCUGCAGGCUACGACAUCGCCCUGCUCCGCCUGUCCAGCUCUGCCACCCUGAACAGCUACGUGCAGCUGGCGGUGCUGCCCCAGGAGGGAGCCAUCCUGGCCAACAACUACCCCUGCUACAUCACCGGCUGGGGACUCACCCGCACUAACGGGCAGCUGUCGAGCGUGCUGCAGCAGGCCUACCUGCCCGUCGUGAGCUACCAGAUCUGCUCCACCGCAUCCUACUGGGGCUCCACCGUCAAGAGCACCAUGGUCUGCGCUGGCGGGGACGGCGUGCGCUCCGGCUGCCAGGGUGAUUCGGGCGGCCCCCUGCACUGCGCCGUGAACGGGGAGUACCAGGUCCACGGCGUCACCAGCUUCGUCUCCAGCUUGGGCUGCAACUACAAGGGCAAGCCCACGGUCUUCACACGCGUCUCUGCCUACAGGACCUGGAUAUCCAAUGUGAUCGCCCAGAACUGAGCGGCCGCGGGAGGAGGACCCGAACCCCAGCCCAGGUGAUGGACGAGGAGCGUUUCAGUCGGAGGUGUUUAACUCUUGGAGCUGGUGUCAAUAAAUUCUGUUCUUCAUCAAGA